GUUUCGAUACGCUGCUCUUUUAUCGCGCGAUUUAUUCGUAAAAAUCGCAAGAUGAUAUUCGGUCCAACUAUACGAUGAAUUUUCUAAUCGAUCACUAUGCCCGUAUAUACGUGUACGUGCAUAGUUAUACGCGUAUCUGCACAGGUAUUUAUACGCAUAAUAAAAGUGGCCAUUGUAAGUAGAUUACUAGCUAUUCUUCGUCCGUUCGCAAUUUAAGGUUUCUUUGAUUCGCGCGUUUGCCGAUAAUUGGAUAAUGACGGGUUGGAAAGGAAAUAUAAAAAGCGAACGUUUGAAGCGGGAACGUUUAUUCUCGGAUUACGCGUGUUGGCGCGUGUCGAACAGGUUGAUAGAAAUGGAAGGGAUAUGUACGAGCGAGCGACAAACGAGCGAUGAAAAGGGGAAACGUUAAUAUUCGGGUCAGUCGGCGGGACGAGUUGCGAUACUCUAUCCUGAGUAGAGUCGGUGGCAAGGCUAUUAUAGUAUAGGGUGCACGAUAGUGAUAUAAUCGUUCGUAAUACCCGAGUAAUACGCGAGUAUAGUAUAGAAUCGCAUCGACGAAGGAUGCGAAGCCGUCGAUCGUAAAACCGUACACGAGCAGUCACAUGGAGCAUCGAUGGUAUUCAAGUGUUUGGAAAACAAAAUCGUUUUCCUCAAGAAAUAUCGAAAAAAUUGGACGAGUAUUGGAACUCAUACAAGGCCCGUUAUAAUAAAAGUUACUCAGGAGAUCUCGAGUCUAAUCGAAGAACGACUUGGGAAGAAAAUCUAAUAACGAUCUAUAAACAUAAUAUGAUGGCAGCUGCAGGUCAUCACAGCUAUACACUGAAGGACAAUCAUAUUGCCGAUCUUGGAACUAGGCAAUACAUUCGAGAAAUGGUGAAAUUGAUUCCAAGUCGGAAGCGGCGUAUAUCGAAAGAUACACUGGUCGGUGUAAGUUUAUCGGAUCACCAACGUAUCCCACGGGAGCUCGAUUGGCGCGAGGUCGGAUUUAAGACGCAGCCAGAAAACCAAAGGGAUUGCGGAAGUUGUUACGCGUAUUCCAUAGCAGGCAGCAUCGAGGGACAAAUCUUUAAAAAGACAGGCAUGUUGCUUCCACUGAGCGAACAGCAAUUGGUCGAUUGCAGUACAUCUACGGGUAAUUUAGGAUGUUCCGGAGGAUCUUUGAGAAACACGUUGAGAUAUCUCGAGAAAGCGAAAGGUUUAAUGGCCAAGAAGUAUUAUCCUUACAAGGCGAAACAAGGCCCGUGUCGUUUUAAGGAAGAUUUGAGCGUGGUUAACAUCACUUCGUGGGCAGUGUUACCGGCACGCGACGAGAAAGUUUUGGAAGCAGCGGUAGCGACCAUAGGCCCGAUAGCUGCCUCGAUAAACGCUAGUCCAAAAACGUUUCAACUUUAUCACAAAGGGGUCUACGAUGACGAAGUUUGUAGUUCGGACAUGGUGAAUCACGCCAUGUUGAUCGUUGGAUAUACGCCAACCGAGUGGAUCUUGAAGAAUUGGUGGGGCGAUGGAUGGGGAGAAAAUGGAUACAUGCGUUUGGCAAAAAAUAAAAAUCGAUGUGGCAUCGCGAAUUACGCGGCGUACGCAAAAGUUUAACUUUUCUCUAUAAACUGAAGAAAGAAAAAAAAAAAAGAAACGAUCCAUCCGAUUUCAUCGAUUUUUUCAUCGAGCCUCUCAGCGUUUACGUUACAGAAAUGAAAUUCAUAUGCGUUUUAUAUAAAUAUCUGUUGAACGAAAUCUCGAAU